CUUGUCCAGGAGUUCAAUACCCAGGUGGCUCUAUAUCGGGAGCUGGUUAUUUCCAUUGGGGAUGUCUCAGUCACCUGUCCAUCUUUGCAUACGGAAAUGCACAAAACUCGAACCCGAGGAUGUGAUAUGGCCUAUCAGGCUCAUCAAAAGCUAGCAGCAAUUUCUGGCCCAGAAGAUGGUGAAAUUCAUCCUGAAAUCUGUAGGCUAUACAUCCAGUUGCAGUGUUGCUUAGAAAUGUACACAACAGAAAUGCUUAAGUCCAUAUGUCUGCUAGGAUCACUGCAGUUUCAUCGGAAAGGAAAAGAACCUUGUGCCCCACCCAAGAUCCUGGAUACUAAAGUGGAGGAGGGUUCUGAAGUACCUAUUUUAGAAGACACAUCAUCAUCACCAACAGAUACUCAGCAGCAUUUAUGGCAGGUUUCCACAGAUAUUGAAAACACUGAAAGAGAUAUGAGAGAAAUGAAAAACCUUUUAAGUAAACUCAGGGAGACUAUGCCUUUACCACUGAAAAACCAAGAUGAUAGCAGCCUCCUAAACUUGACUCCGUAUCCAUUGGUAAGAAGACGGAAGCGAAGGUUCUUUGGACUAUGUUGUCUUGUCUCAAGUUAGAAGAUUGAGUACAGAUGCACCAAGAAAAUCACAACUUUGAUUAAACCACUGUUAUUUGACCACUGAAAAUAUGAACAUUUCUACUCUUGAUUAAAAAGUACAUUUUCUACACUAGCAAAUUCCUUUUUCUCUUCUGCUCCAUCCCCCUUUUCAAAAUAAGGGUUUUAGUAGUUUAAAGUUAUGGUGGUCAAAAACCAGCUGUGGAAUAGAUCUAGCAUAACUAAGAAUGUUUUUAAAACUUUUUAAAGUAUGUUUUGCAUGCUCACUUUCAACCCCUCAGAGAAAAGACACAUGAAUUAUGGUUAACAGAUCAUUUUAAAGUUUUUUUUUUAUUGUUUGAACUGCAGCUGAAAGUUUGUGCAUAGUACAGUACUCUUAUUAGCAUCAUAUUAAAACACUUGAUCAUAUUCUAACAUUCUUUAAGCAUAGAAAACUAUUU